GAUGGUCGCUGAUUGAAUCGGCCCAGCCCUGUGGGAUGGAUCCCUGGCCCGUGCAGCGUGCUACCCCUUAACUUCGAUUCGGGCCCACUCCACUCCCCUAACGCCGCCGGACAGCGGCCAGGGUGCCUGUAACCUUCCCGUCCGCUGCCUCGAGCAAUGGAUGUUCAAGGUGACAAAGUACACCAAACAAACGGCAACUGACAUGCACAUUUUAGUCUCAUCGAAUUGCAACCAGACCACAGCAUUCGCUCCACCAGGUGUUCCCCGGAUGACUCAUUCAACUUCAGCCUCAACUUUGGAUAUCUCAUAAUAAACUCAAUGGCAACCUCACUCUCCAGUUGAUGUAAUAUCAGCACAAUUUCCCAAGUUUCAGUGACUGCAACUUAGCCUGCGACAUUCACCUCAUCAACCACCUCACCCACAACACAGCAAAAAUGGCAUCCCCCCUAUCAAUCAUCGUCGCCUCCAAAAACCCAGUCAAAGUCCAAGCAGCGAAACUCGGCUUCGAAUCAGCCCUCCCAGAAGCAACCUACACCGUCCGCGGCAUCAGCGUCCCCUCCGGUGUCCCAGACCAACCACUCUCCGAUGAGGAGACCCUCCAGGGCGCCUUGAACCGGGCCCGCAAUGCCAGGGAAACCGAGAAGAACGCAGACUACUGGAUCGGCCUCGAGGGCGGCAUCGACAUGCCAUCCGACCAGAACGCUCCCAUCAUGAACUUUGCCUGGAUCGUCGUCAUCAGCCGCGACGGGCGGGUGGGCAAGGCGCGGACGGGCGCGUAUUAUCUCCCUGAGGAGAGUGCUGCGUACCUGCGCCAGGGCAUGGAGUUGGGACACGCGGAUGAUUUGAUCUUUGGCCAGACGAAUAGCAAGCAGAGCAAAGGGUCUGUUGGCAUGUUGACCGAUGGUGUCAUUGAUCGGACCUCUUACUACCAUCAUGCUGUCAUUCUAGCUCUGAUUCCCUUCAAGAAUAAGAACCUGACGUUCGUCUGAACAUCUUGGGCAAGUGCAAGGCAGUGGUAACCCUUCCAACGCUUUCAUGUAUGCCAUAAUGUCGUCUUUGGUUUCUCUCGCCACACCAUGUUUAAUAUAAUGUGCUGGAAUCAGGGGCUUAGUUGGCAGCUAUCUUCUGCUUCUACUUAUGCUAGAGACGAUCUAUUAAGUUCCGAGAAUGCCAGCAUACCAGACUCGGCCGACCUGAGCGCACUCCAUCCUUCUUGGAGCAGUCCAACAGGGUCUGCUCUUGCCCUUUAUCAAUGGAACCCUCUACGCGGGUACUUAAAUACUGCAAUAGGCCAUGGGGAUGUGCUACUGCAUCUCAUCCUUCCGA